CUGGGUCCAUAGCUAGAUUAAAAAAAAAAAAAAUGGAACCACACAACGCCUAUCCUCAACAGAGAGGAAAGAAGUGACACCGAGAGCUACCAAUUGCUUCUCAAGUUCUUUUUUUCGGAGUUGAGGAGGAAGUCGUUACCAUGGCAACCGAGAAGCGCUCCUCCCCUUCCCCCGCCCCCUUCUGAAAAUCCGCCCCCUACGAUUGAGCAACUGGAAGCUUCGAACUACAUUUCCCAGAGGGUAGAGAGUCGCGCCGACUCUUGCGCUCAAACUCAACCCCCCAGAAUCCUCCUCUCGAGGCUGGUCCAGGCUAUCGGGGUUCGGGGGGCUAAACUACCUGGGAAAGAAAGCUCGGCGUCUUCUUCGGGCCCUAACAUCUGUGACCUUAUAACUCAGGAUCGGACCCGGAGAAUAGCAGUUUGUACGCACCGUCUAGGGUCGGAGGCCUGCAUUCUCAAAACUCUGCCUUUUUCUAAGAGAGAGAAUUACAAAAGAGGAGGGAAUGGCUACUGUGUCCCUGAUAACCAAAGCCCAGGAAUCAGUGACAUUCAAGGAUGUGGCUGUAAACUUCACCCAGGAGGAAUGGGGACAAUUGAACCCUGCUCAGAGGAACCUGUACAAGGAUGUGAUGCUGGAGAACUACAGAAACCUCAUUUCAUUGGGAUUUCCCAUAUCUAAACCAGAUGUGAUCUUCAAAUUGGAGCAAGGAAAAGAGCCAUGGAUGUUCACUCUGCAGAAAGCCAAAGAGAGGGAGGUUCUAAAAAAUUCCUCUCCAGUUCCAGACUGGGAGAAUAGGCCUGAAACCCAACAAUCAACUCAAAAUGAGAACAUUCAUGAAGAAGCAGAAUCACCAAGGAUAUUAGUUCCUCUAGGCCCUACAUUUGGAGAAAUUCUUCUGUCUGAGGGUAGAUUGGAGAAGCAUCAGGAAAACUCUGACAGGGGAAAAUGGGAAAAAUCCUUUUCCCAUAAGAAUACCUUCAAGCAGUUGUCAGUCAGUCUCACAGAAAGCCCCAUUAAAGAAAGAGAUCAUGAAUGUAAAGAAUGUGGAAAAAAAUUCUUUGACCGCCCAUCCCUUACACGACAUCAGAGGAUUCAUAAGGGAGAGAAGCGCUAUAAAUGUAAUGAAUGUGGGAAAGCCUUCUCUAAACAUUCAUCACUUACUGAACAUGACAGAAUUCAUACUGGAGAGAAACCCUAUGAAUGUGAUGAAUGUGGAAAGGCCUUCAGCUUGAAAAGUAACCUAACUCGACAUCAGCUAACACAUACUGGAGAGAAACCCUAUGAAUGUGACGAAUGUGGGAAGGCCUUUAGCCGUAGAAGUGGACUUAUGAGGCACCACAUGACUCAUACUGGAGAAAGUCCCUAUAAAUGUUAUGAAUGUGGGAAAGCUUUCUUUAACCCUUCAUCUCUUACCGAACAUGAGAGAAUUCAUACUGGAGAAAAGCCCUAUGAAUGUGAUGAAUGUGGGAAAGCCUUCUCUAACCAGUCAUCUCUUACUGUACAUGAGAGAAUUCAUACUGGAGAAAAGCCCUAUGAAUGUGAUGAAUGUGGGAAAGCCUUCUCUAUACAUUCAUCCCUUACUGUACAUCAGAGAAUUCAUACUGGAGAGAAGCCUUAUGAAUGUGAUGAAUGUGGGAAAGCCUUUUUUGACUGUUCAUCCCUUACUAGGCAUCAAAGAACUCAUACUGGAGAGAAACCCUAUUUAUGUAGUGUGUGUGGGAAAGUUUUCAGUAGCAAAGCAUCCGUUAUCCAACAUCAACGACGUUAUGCCAAAGAGUAAUGUAGGAAUGUAAUAAUUUAAGGAAAAUUUCCAUCAUAUCUAUCAUUCUGUUAAUUCCCAAAAAGUCCAUGUGGGAAAACAGACCCCCAUAGACAUUUUAAAAUGAUCUUAAACAAAUGGUGGGGGAGUAGGAAACAGGCAUUUAUUAAGGACCUACUUUAUGUCAGGCACUAUGCUAAGCACUUUACAAAUUUCUCAUUUGAUCCUCCCAACAUAGUGAGGUACUGUUAUUUCCAUUUUACACAUGAGAAAACUGAGGCAGACAGAGGUUAAGUGACUUCUUGAGGGUCACAUAGCUAAUAAAUGCCUGACGCUGAAUUUGAACUUAAAUCUUCCUGACUGGGCCCAGCACUUUACCCACUAUACCAAUUACCCAAUACAGAUUCAUAUAAAUUGCUGUCCCUUUUAUUUUUUUUUUACAAUUAUUUUGUUGUGAAUCUGACUCAAGGUAUCCCAGAUAUAAGAUGUAACUCUGAGCUUUCUCCCCCAAAGUCUCCUAUAAACUCAUAACCCAUGGUGUGCACAAAUAUUUGAAAGGAGACCUCUGAGAAAAUGGAAGAGUGAGCAGUCAAAAGAGAAUAUAUUUCCUUAGUUUCCCCCUACAAAACAUCAAUUUACAAAAACUUCCCAAAUUAUUAGAACUAUCAGAAUAGUUUUCAGAAUGGUAUACUGUUUUUGGUUAACAGUAGCAAAAAGAUGAGUAAAUCCAUAUCUCCCAUCAUAUACAUUUCCAAUAGAAAAAUUAAUAUAAAAUUAAGUCCAUAAAAUAAUUGGUUGUGGAAUGUAUGUAUUUAUCACCAUUACAGAGAUGUGGAAAAAUUUUAACCUCAAAUUUUGGGAGACAAAACAUAAAUUUGAUUAUAAAAAAGAACAUUCACAACAAAGUGCGAUCUAGAUUUUAAGAAGAAAGACUAGAGGAAAUUUUUAAAUGUUUCUGAUAAAAGUGUGGCAUCUGAAAUCUGGCAGGAUCAUAGGCUUUUAAGCAAGAAGUCAUCUGGUUAAAUCCCCUCUUUUUAUAGAUUAGAAAACUCUGACUCAGAGAAGAAAGGACAAGUUUAUGUGGGUAAAAUUUAUUCAAUUAGAAAAUAUAAAUGGUCAAUUUGAGAGAAAGGGAAAGCAACAUAAUCAGCCACCUGAAACAUUCAUCACAAAC